CAUUGGGGUGGUGAUAGGAUCAAAACACUCAGAAAUGGGGGUGAUCAUUAUCUGGAUUGAGGCGGGAUUCUUGCUUCAUCUUUGAACCUGUCUGGGUGAGUCCUGAGCAGAAUAGCAUUCUGAGUCAGUGGAUUAGUGUCAGUUUAGUCACUGUAACUUGUUUUGUCAGCAAGUAUUGUAUUCUAUUGGUGAUUUUUUUUGAACUUCUGUUAGAGUUGAUGGAAAGGAUGGGGACACAUCCUGCAAUACAUUUGCUUCUGGCAGGGAAAUCCUAGAAAGUUGUGGUGGUGAUUGUGCAUUCUAUAGGAUUUUUGUUCUUGUAAAGAAGUAUGAGACUGCUUGGCAAGAUCAUGCGGACUCUGAAGUCAAGUUCUAUGUGGUGACUUGUAUAUUUAAUGGUGGCAAGAAAGAGAGAGUUUUGUCUGUGUGGAUUGCUAACUGGUUGAAGGACAGGAAAUAGAGGGUAGGUAUAAAUGGAGGGUUUUCACAAUGGAGGGAAGUAGGAAGUGGGGGCCUCCAGGGAUCUGUACUGGGACCAGUGCUUUUUAAUUUAUUCAUAAAUGAUCUAGAAGUAGGGGUAAGCAGUGAGGUGGCCAAAUUUGCAGAUGACACCAAACUCUUUAAGGUAGUGAAAUACAAAACAGACUGUGAGGAGCUCCAAAAGGAUCUCUCUAAACUGGCGUGGAUCUGAUGAGCUUCUUCCUUCUGGAAUCGCUUACGGGCCUUUUACCAUGAGCAAUUCUACUCCUGCUACAGUGUUUUCUGCAGAAUUAUAUCUUCAUAUUUUAGCUAAUGGGAAUAACAAGAAAUUUAAAGGCGACAGAUCUCCCUGUUCCCCUUCUCGAGUUCUUCAUCUUCGUAAAAUUCCAAAUGAUGUCACUGAAGCAGAAGUCAUUUCUCUAGGACUACCUUUUGGCCGAGUAACCAAUCUCUUGAUGUUGAAGGGGAAAAGCCAGGCUUUCCUAGAAAUGGCUUCAGAAGAAGCUGCUGUUACUAUGGUGAACUACUACACUCCUGUUACUCCUCACCUCCGCAGCCAGCCUGUUUAUAUUCAGUAUUCCAAUCACAGAGAACUUAAGACUGACAAUCUACCCAAUCAGGCUAGAGCUCAAGCAGCAUUACAAGCAGUGAAUGCUGUGCAGUCUGGAGGCUUGGCUCUUACAGGUGUUCCAGCUUCUGAGGGUGGACUACCUCCUGGUCACAGUUCUGUUCUUCGAAUUAUAGUUGAAAAUCUCUUCUACCCUGUAACCCUAGAAGUGCUAUACCAGAUCUUCUCAAAGUUUGGGACAGUCUUGAAGAUUAUCACUUUCACAAAGAACAAUCAGUUUCAGGCCUUGCUUCAAUAUGCUGAUCCAAUGAAUGCACAUUAUGCCAAAAUGGCUCUUGAUGGUCAAAAUAUUUACAAUGCUUGCUGCACUCUUCGUAUUGACUCCUCCAAGCUAACAAGCCUUAAUGUAAAAUACAACAAUGAUAAAAGCAGAGACUUUACUCGUCUGGACCUUCCUUCAGGUGAUGGGCAGCCUUCCCUUGAUCCCACUAUGGCAACUGCUUUUGGCACUCCAGGUAUCAUCUCCUCACCAUAUGCUGGAGCUGCUGGUUUUGCUCCUGCCAUUGGCUUUCCCCAAGCAGGUCUGUCAGUCCCAGCUGUUCCUAGUGCACUUGGUCCUCUUGCAAUCACCACCUCUACCAUGACUGGGCGAGUGGCUAUCCCAGGAGUUACUGGAAUGCCUGGAAAUUCUGUUUUGCUUGUUAGCAAUCUCAAUCCUGAUGCAAUCACACCAGAUGGGCUCUUUAUUCUGUUUGGUGUUUAUGGUGAUGUCCAUCGUGUGAAAAUCAUGUUUAAUAAGAAGGAAAAUGCCUUAGUUCAGAUGGCAGAUGCAACCCAAGCCCAGCUAGCCAUGAAUCACUUAAAUGGACAAAAACUUUAUGAGAAGGUGCUUCGUGUAACACUCUCAAAGCAUCAGACAGUGCAGCUUCCUCGUGAGGGGCAGGAGGACCAAGGUCUGACCAAGGACUAUAGUAAUAGCCCUUUGCAUCGCUUUAAGAAACCUGGUUCAAAGAACUUCCAAAAUAUCUUCCCACCAUCUGCCACUCUUCAUCUCUCCAACAUUCCACCUUCUAUCACAGUUGAUGACCUGAAGAAUCUUUUUGCUGGUACUGGAUGUAAUGUGAAAGCCUUCAAAUUCUUUCCGAAAGAUCGCAAAAUGGCUCUCAUCCAGUUGGGCUCUGUGGAAGAAGCAAUCCAGGCUCUUAUUGAGCUUCAUAAUCAUGACCUUGGAGAAAACCAUCACCUCAGAGUUUCCUUCUCCAAAUCUACAAUCUGACACUAAUGUGACCUUUUCCUUAGCCUACAUACAGUUACUGGUAAAAUCUUCAGACAGAGACUGGAGUAGCUAAAACCGACGUUGCAUCCUUAAACAAUGAAACUUGUCAAAGUUCAUCUUCAUGUGUAUUUCUAUACACAGUAAUGAAUCAAGGGAUGAUCUUUCCAUAUCUUUUUCUGUUUCAAAUUUCUAAUAGUCCUUCACAAAAUAUUCUUCUAUAGUAUUUAAUAAGAAAUCAUUUUCAGUAGAAGACCCCUUUUUUUAAUGAUUUCAGGAACAUAAUUUUUAGUUCUUAUUCCAAAACGGUUGCAUAACAUUUCUGUGUCCCAGUAAAACUUUUAUCAAAUGAAUGUUUUCAGAAUAGAGCUAGUGAAUGGCUUUAAACAUUAUGUAGAAUGUUCUGUUUUUAAUUUUCAUUGAUGAACUAACUUUUUUAAUCAGCACCUGUUGAAAAUAUUAUAGGAAAGGCAGUGCCUUUCUCCAUAGAGUAGAAUAAUAAAAUCCAAAUAAAUUGUAAAAUUGACAAAAUUUAAUUCUCUUCAUGUGGUGAUAAUGAGACUGUAAAUCAUGAUAUGACAGGCUAUUAGCUUGUAUCACUAUGGAAUGAUGUGUAAUGAGAUUUGGAGAAAAUGAAAGAAGAAAUGUGUCCUGAUUUCAAGAUUUUUUUAACAUUUCUUUCAGAAAAAAAUGUUUACACUCUUAAGGAAAAAAUUCAGGUCUGUCAUAUGGUUUGACAACUUUUUAGAAAGGUUAUUUUUGGUAAGGUCUUGUUUAAAAAUAUAAAAUUAAACCUCAAGGGUUUUUUUGUACCACUAUAAUCUCUAAUACUUAAAUCAGAAUUACUGUGUAUUUACUUAAUUUCUUAUGUGCCUUAUUAUGUGCUUAUAAUGAUACAGUAGUUUAGAGUCUUAUCCGAAGUAUCUUAAACUGUAUUGUGGCUUGGUGAGAUUUUUUUCUGUCUUAGUUUUUAAAUGUUUGGUGAUCUAAAAAUGUUUUUAAUAAGUAAUAGUCAAAUCAGAAUUUUGGUGCUCUGGUACAGGGAUGGAGAGGUGGGACUGAAGAUAACUUGAUGCAUGUCCUAUAAGCCUCUUCAGAAAAUUUUGAGGGUUGCAGUUGAGUGACAUCACUGUUGGGCUUUAAAGAAUGUUCUCUUGUUUCUGGAUGGUAUCUAACCUGUUGAGCCAUUGGCUCUGAGAAUAUUUUGUCUCAGGAUUCCUUUUUACCCAACAGUACUGGGCUUGUACUAAAUGUGGACUUGCUUUCCUUCAUAAGCAUCAUAACUUCAAUACUGAAUGUUCACUCCGGUUUGGAGAGCAAGAUGAGAUGCAAUUCUUACUAUUUUUUGUGAAAUAUAGGUAUACACAAGUUAUUUCUAUGAUUGUAAUACAAUGUUUUUAGAGGUGUCUCAAGAUGUUAUGUCUACUGAAUUUUUUCAUUGUAAGGUAUUCCUCAAGUAUAAGGGUGUCUAAUCCUUAAAUUGUUUUGAAGAUGGAUUCGGACUCAAGAAACAAAAUGGAGUGUAAUGGCUUGUAGUGCUUAUUUGUCUUGGGGAUUUUUAGCAAGUCAAAGUUGUUCUGUGAAUACCAGCUGUAGUUUGGCAGAAAUAAUUCCAUAGCAUUAGGAGCUCAUACCUCCUUUCAAAAAUGGUAAUUUCUCCUUGAGAUGCAGGCUUCUUGGUAAUGUCACUGUAGCAUGAAAGGAUAGGCAGUGAGACACUAUUGCUGCCUUAAAUUUUAUGUAGCUAUAUUUAUGGAAGAUAGUCAGCUGUUCAUGAUGGGAAAUCUUUGGACACUUUAUUAAAAUGUGUGCAUUUUGUUUUGGCAGCACAUAAAUGUGUGUGUAAAAGCUAUGUUAGUGUCCAUUAAUAACUGACCCAAAUUUCACAGUUCUCCGUGGCUUCACAGCUAUUAGAAAAUAAGUGUCCGUGUGUGUGUGUGUGAGAGAGAGAGAGAGAGAGAGCGCGAGAGAGAGAGCGCGAGAGCGCAUAUAUAUAUAUUUAAAACCCUAUUGUAUCUUCCCUCAGUUUAGCAAUGCAAUUAAAGUGCCUAAUUCCAGUAUGGCACUUGAUCCUAAAUGUGUCGCCUUUCAUUCCAUUGAAUGGCUCCAAGUAAGCAUAUACAGGAUAACACCUAGUUAGGCAUGAAUUAAAUAGUUUAUUGUUGGAAUCCUGAUGAUUAUGCCUCCACCUAACCACAACUUUACUAACAGUCAAGAUUUUAAGACCUCUUUCAUGUAAACAAAUAAAAACAAAGAUCUUACAAACUUAAGUCUUCUAAGAAUCAGUUAGAAGGAAUUGUUAUAAAUGCCCUAUAGAUCAAUCUAAGAGUACAAUGAAAUUUAUUGGUCUAUAUAAGAGCAUUAAUUUUUUUCUGUAGAGUCAUCUCCUCCUCUCCCCUAUUCUUGGUCUGGUUAUUUAGUUUCAGUUGCUGUAUUUAAUCUCAAGAAUUUUCAGCUGUUUGAGAUAGAGUAUUGACAACAAUGUUUUAACAUUGAAACGUGUUUGCUCAAGUUUGUAACAUCUUAUGUUUUUCCUACACAGUAAAGAGGUCUUAAAAUCUUGUCUGGAGUAGGGGAGAAUGCAUAUAUCAUCGCCAGUAUAUUGUCUUUUAUUAACGGGGCAAUCCUAAGCACUCUUACAAGGGAGUAAGUGUCCCAGAGCUCAGUGGAAUUUGCUUUUGAGGAAACAUGUAUAGGAUUGCACUGUAAGUUACCUUUAAACUUAUCACUCUGAUGGGUUUAAUGCUGCUACAAGAGGGUGGGGGCAUACAACAUUAUUGGAGCUGAAUGUAAGUGUGAAGCAAGGGGGGGCUGAGGGAUGAACAUUAGCAUGUAUAAUAUAAAGGAUGAGGUUGGGGUGUGUGUGUGUGUGUGUGUGUGUGUGUUUUGUGUGAAAAUAUGUGUAUACUAAUGCACAUUGCAAACAUUUAAUUUAUUUACUUAAUCUAAAAAAUGCAAUUUUGUAAUGUUAAUGGAGGAAUGGUCAGCUUAACACAUGAAACAGCUUUACAUAGUCCCUAGAAAAUGUCAUUUCUUAGUCUGCUUACAGUCAGUUGUAGGGCAUACAGUUUAUAUACUUGCACACAUUUUUAAAAACUUAAAUUCAGAUUCAUAUAUACUCAUAUAUUGUGUAGUCUUGUCAGAAUUAUCUUCUGUGUAAAUCAUCUUGGUUGGUGUGUGUGUGUGUGUGUGUGUGUGUGUGUGUGUGUUUUGGGGUUGAUUUUUAUUUCACAGAGUUUUCCAUGAAAUGCAAAUGUGAGAAAUGGCAGUACACUUUGUAUUUUUAAAAUGUAAGUUCCAUCAACAGCAAUAGUACGCCUGAUUUUCCCCUAUCCUUGGAAGAAAAUUAUUCCCAUGCUUAGAAGGCAGCCCUUUUAAUUGAGAUUAUGAUGAAGUUGACUUCCCCCCGCUUUUUCUUAUUCCUUUGCUGCAGAACACUAUCAUCAAGAUUCCUCACCCUUUAGACUUGCAGUGAGCAUCUUGCAAAAUUAAGGUGCUCAAAAGGAUGUGAUUAUUAGAUACCAUCCUUUUCUACACACACACACACACACACACACACACACACACACACACACACACACACAAUCUCCUUGACAAGCACUCUGGUGUAGAAUAACACAUGUUCCAGGUGGCUUGAUCUUUGCUGGCAUUUUAUCAAUGGAAACCUCUCUCUUCUCAGCCUUUGUCCUCAAAGUGGAUGAGUUUAAAUCUUUGUGGUCCUUGCAAUUGCUUUGGAAAAGAGUUCUGUUCAAGUCGCAAACUCUUGCACAUCAGACUUUUCAAUCACAAGCUUUACCAGGUGAUCAAAAAAUCAGUCAAGGUUAUUUGAGACUGUAGCCAGUUAAUAAAAUACUAACUUUGAAUCAAAUUUAAACACACUUACAUAUUGCAGUGCCUCAGAAGGUGCCUUUUUAGUAUAUUGAAGGAAGGGAACAUUAUCUCUUAAAUGAGAAUUUGCAAUUUAAUAAAUAAAAAGCUUCUACUAAUUAUAAGAAGGAAAUGCCUUCUAAUGAAAUUGAGGAAUACAUAACAUCUUAAAAUUACAGGACACACCAGAGCCAAAUGGCUCCAGUAAUAAACCAGUGUAAGACUCCUCAGUUUUGUGAAAGUCCUAGGUUUAAAAACAGUAUUGGCACUGAUUUCAGCUGGGUAAUCUCCAGUUGCCUGUGAUUGUUAAUGCUAGAGACUGUCAGUGCUCACCCUGAAAAGCAAACUGCUGCUAGCUUUGGAUACAAACUGGAAGGAAAAGGUAAUCUUGUCUGUCUUUCAGAACUAGUUCAAGAAGGACAAAGUGCAUUUUCAUGACCUGUCAUAGCUUCAGGUCUUUCAGAAAUCCCUAUGUCUUGCAAUCAGCCCACUGAUAAUUGAGGGGCAAUUUAUAAUCUGUAAUUAAAACCAUAUACCAUUAAUUAACUAAAGCUUUCAGCCCUACAUUUUUACAGUUACAGAACUUCAAAUGUUCAUAUUAAGCCUUUCCCAAACAUGGUUGCCUUUUGUCUCUCACCAUUUGCACUAUUACUGUGCUUGGAAGAUACCUUGAGGGCUCUUUGUGCCUAAAAAUCCAAAUGUAGCCUUGAGUUGUCUAUCUGGCAGCUUUCUCCCCCCGCCCCCACCCGACUGAGAGAUUGUGUGCUGUAAAAUAUAGCAUAGCAUGUGAAUUCUUCAAUGAACCAGCCUAUCUCCCCACUACACAAAUAUAUGACCUAAGGGAGAAAUCAAAUAUUAUAGUGUGCUUUCUGGGAAUAACAAGCAUUUGUCCUUGCAGUCUUCAUCCUGUUACAUGUAGUAUGUACUGCUAUUUUUCAAAGGAGAGAGGCUGAGUAAUUAAUUGCAUUAAAGCCAUUUUUGUUUGCCUUUACAUUCUUGUGAACUGGUAACUUAGAACAAAACUGCCAGAUUUAAACAGUUGUGCUGAAACUGUUCACAUUGCACAGAGAUUUUCUUGAAGCAAACUAAUUCCUAAUUGUCUUUGCAAAGAUCUGUAUGUUAUAUACGAGACUGUUCUUUUUAAAGCAAAUCUUAACAAUUAGUAAUUAUUUGAAGAAAUUGAAAACUUCUACAAAUUUAAUUUCAGGGUUUUUACAAAGAAAACAAAGUGGGACCAAAGUUUAUGUGCCUUCAGUAGACUUGUGUACUUGUUUUACUAUCUCUUUCAGUCUUUAGAAUCAAUACUCUUUCUUUUCAAGAAAAUGUGUAUUUAUAUAGUGAAAACCAAAUGACCCAUGAACUGUCCAUAUGUGCAGUUAGUUAACUGUUUCAUUUGGGUUUGUUAUCCCUUUGCCUUCUACUAUUGUAACAUGAAUCAUGCUGCAUCAUGCAGGAAUCCAAAUUAAACUCCUAGGCUGCUGGCUUGUGACUGCCACAUUAGCCUGUAACUGGAGAAAUAAUAAGGAUCCUUGUAUAUCUAGAGAUCCUCCAUAAUAAAUUAAGGGUGCCUGCUUUGGCAGAACUUUCAGUUCUUGGAUCUAUGUGCAGUAUUGGGGCGAUAGUGAAAAUCUACCUAUGUACUUAGAUUCAUCUCUCUACCCACGUAUUGGUUCUUUUCCCAACUCAUUCUCCUGUUUCUGAAAAUACUUCAUCCCACACGCUCUAAAAUGAUUGCUGACCAAGCAAAUUGUUGCAUCAGAUUGUCACCUCAUUGCAAUGACCAAAGAUUGUCUGCCCUGGUUAUACUGAGACAUCUAGCCGAUUUUUCUCUCUCUCAAGCUAUUUUUCUUGAAAGACUCAGUGUAAAGUGGCCUUUUAUGCUAAUUUUGUUGGCAAAUAGACUUCUUGAUGGGUAAUGAGAUCUUAAAAAAUGUGAACCAAAUGUAAUGGCAUAAGGCAAGGGGCUAAUGGACUACUUAGUACUGUAUUCAGAUAAAAAGGAGCACGAUUACAAGAGUCACAUUCCUUAAUUUUUCAUGUGUUCAUAAGUCCCUUUUUAAGUUUGUAAAAAUAUUCAUCUAACACAAGAAAAUGCUGUAAAUAUUUGUAACAACAUUUUUUACCUGGCAAAAAUGGUUUUUGGGAACAAGUAUAAAAUGGUUUUUAUAUUAAAAAAAAAAAAAAGGAAUUGUCUUGUAUAUUUUGAUAAGCAACAGUACCAGCUUUCAUUUAAGCAGCUUGUGGCAUUGGAGGGGGGAAAGGAUUCCAUGUUGUUGAGAUGACUUGAUGUUAUAAAUGCAAAGAAGUUGAAAUAUUAAAGAAACCUAUUUUCUAACUGCGUAGUGCAUGGUUAAUUUGAACUUCUGUACACUGCCGUAUGUUCCAUUUCCUUUUAAGUUUUGUGUAUUUGCUGAUUAUUACUUGAGUAUCUAUACUUAACUCUUUUUCUAACAACUCUAGUUGUAGCAUGCCUCUUAAUAAAUGUCAUGACAUCUGUACUCUCAAA